AUGACAAUUGUUAAGUAUAACACCACCUUUACUGAGAAGUCACAAUUCGCUACUGAUUACUACCCGACCGAGGAGAAGUUGAUUUGUCACUAUGUGGAGGGGUUACCAUUUGAGUACCGUGCAGUUGUGAGAUUGAAUACCACUUUGGUAGAGGCCAUGGAUGAGGCCCGCAAGAUAGAGAAUGAUAUAGCUAUUCAGGAUCGUACCACAGCGAGUGUCACUCUUUUCAUGGAGGUCCAUGUAGUAGCAGUACCAAGAGUUGCAAGCGAUGUGGUAAGGUGGGGCACCGUUAUGAAGAUUGUAAGAGUCCUGAACCUAUGUGCUACAACUGUCGCCAAAUGGGACAUAUCAGUAUGCAAUGUCCCAACCGCAAGGUCCAGAUGGGAGCUGGUGAGAAGAAAGAUGAAGCGCCAAAGGUGA